AUGAGAACAACACUGAAUAAGAAUGCUAUCAAACACUCUUCGGCAACACUUGGUGUCUUGAUGAAGAAAUCAUCAUCAUCUUGUGGAGUGUUUGUAAAGAAGAAUGAUUUGAAUUUUGGAAAUAAUAAUUUAAUUGAUAGUAAUAUAUCAAGAGGGUUAAAUAGUAAUGUUGCUAGUUUGUACAAUGCACAGACAAAGAGAAGAAACAUUUCGGAAGAAUUGCAAAAACCUAACACUGUAAAUUUGGAACAAGUUCAUGAUGUCAUCAAGAGAAAUUUGAAUACCAAUGAAUUGGAUUGUAUUUUUAAGCCAAAGAGCAUUUGUGUUAUUGAUGAUUUCAAUCCUGAUGUUCAUGCUAGUCCAGUUCCUGUACCUAACGAUAGUAUUAGUAGUACUUUGGCUAGAAAUGUUCUCUGGAAUUUAAUGUCUGUGUCACAAGUCAAGGUUUAUGCAGUUUCUAAACAUGUGGAAAGAGUUGGCAAUGAACCAAAAACAAAGAGAAGACCACAUUUAUUGGGUGUACCAAUGUAUCCAUCUCUGAGUGAAUUGUCAGCAUCUAAAUCUACAGAACAAAAGAAAUUAGAAAUUGAUUUGGCUGUCAUUUGUUGCCAUCAAGUCGAAACCAUGUUCUAUGCUUUGGAGGAGUGUAUCAAGAAUGGUGUUAAAGGAUGUGUCAUUAUUGGAAGUGUUUACAGCAAAUUUUAUGAAAAAUUCAGUGAAAAUGAAACAAAGAAUAUUGAAAAAUUCAAGGAAAUUGUCAAGGGAUCUGACAUUAGAGUUAUUGGUCCUGGUAUGGGUCUUAUAACACCUCUUGUAACUCAAUCAGGUCAAUAUCACGUUGGUGAAAUUUACAAUAACUUUUUGAAUAUUACUCCAACAAAUAGAAGUUCUGAACUGACUCGUGGUAAAAUUGGUGUUGUUUCACAAUCUGGUGCUUUGGCAACAACCAUUCUCGAUUGGAGUUUGAAGCAAGGAGUAGGAUUGAGUGGUUUUGCCUGUGUUGGUGCUAAUCAAACUGAUGUUAACUUUGCAGAUAUGGUUGAACAUUUUGGUAAUGAUCCAAAUACUCAUGCCAUCUUGUUGUACAUUGAAGAUUUGGGAAAUAAUGAACAUAUUAAGAGAUUUGCCAGUGCUGCCAGAAGUGUAGCUUUAAAGAAGCCAAUUAUUGCCAUGAAGAUGAACACUAACAAUAGAGACGAAGACAAUUACCUUAAUGCCCUCUUUGAAAGAGUUGGUAUUUUAAGAGUUAAUUCUAUUGAAGAAAUGUUUUACAUGUCACAGCUUAUUGGAAAACAAGCCAUUACAAAGGGAAACACCAUUACUGUUAUUUCUAACUCUGGUGGUGCUGCAACACUUGCUGUUGACGCCAUCUACCAAUCUAACAUUACCGAAUUGGGAGCUAUUUCUAACAAGAGUGCAAAACUUUUGCAAGAGAGUGGAAUUGAUGUAGAAGAGGCUUUACUUUCUGGAAAGAAGGCUAUUCCUGUAAAUAUCAGAAACACAGCCACUCCUGAACAAUAUGUUGCUGCUUUGGAUAUUGUAUAUAACGAUCCAAAGACUGACAGCGUUCUUGUCAUGUUAACUCCUCAAACAAGAACAGAACCAACAAGAACUGCUCAAUUCUUACAAAGAUAUAUUGUUGAAAAGACAAAGGAAGGAAAAUUAUCCAAGCCAAUUAUGUGCUGUUUUAUGGGUGGUAGAGAUGUUGAAGCAGGUAGAAGUAUCUUGUUGAGUGCUAACAUUCCAGCUUUUGCCUUCCCAGAAAUUGCUACCAAAGUAUUCCAAUACAAUUACAGAUACUCUAAGAAUUUGGAAAAUUUAUAUGAAGAUCCAAGUCUUCUCGACAAUGAUGAUGCCAGCCAAAAUGAAUCAUCAAAACAAAAGGCUAGAGAAUACAUCAAGUCCUUACUUGAAAAGAAUCCAAACAAGGAAGCUCUCAAUGAAUAUGAGAGUCAACAUCUUCUUUCACUCUAUGGUAUUGGCGUUCCUCAGACAAGAAUUGCUAACUCUGCUGAAGAAGCUGUGGAAGCUGCCAAACAUAUUGGAUAUCCAGUUGUGCUCAAAUUGCACAAUAGUGAUACCACCAUUUCCAAGUUAGAUUUGGGUGGUGUUCUUUUGAAUUUGAUGGAUGAAAAGCAAGUUAAACAAGGUUUCAAUUCUAUCAAGCAAUCAGUUGAAAAGAGUAAUGUCAAAUUUACUGGAGUUACUGUUCAAUCAGAUUGUAAGAAGAUUGCUACUGGUAAGAGAGAUUCCAUUUCAUUCGAAUUGUAUCUAGGAUCUGAAGUUGAUGAAAAGUUUGGACCAGUUAUUUCAUUUGGUACAGGUGGCUCUUUGCAUCAAAUUUACAAGGAUAAGAGUUAUGGCAUUCCUCCACUUACUGCUCCUUUGGCCUAUCAACUUUUGAGAAAGACAAAGAUUUCUGAUGCCCUCGUUGAAAGAUUCAGAAAUAAGCCAGCCAUUGAUAUUGAAGGUUUAAAGUCUUUGCUCGUUCGUUUCAGCAGAAUGGUUCUUGAUAAUAGCGAUUUGAUUAAGGAAUUUGAAAUUAAUCCUCUUCAAGCUCUUGCUACUGACAAUGAAAAGUCCUUCACUGCUCUCGACUGCAGACUCACUCUCCACAAACCAAAGGCCAAGAAGGCUCAAAAUGUCAUUCGUUCCUACGAAAGAAAGUAUGUCACCAACGUUAGUGAUGAUAUCCUUGUUAGACCAUCCAAGUUUUCUGAUUUUAGAAAGCUUCUCUCAUUCUUUACCAAUCUCUCACCAAAGACUUUGGAAUCUAGUAUUAGAGAGUCAGCUCUUCGUUCACAAUGCUCCAUUGCUUUCCUCAGUUUGAAGAAUCAAUACAAUAAGGCCAAGAAUCAAGAUGCUCCACAACCAUUGGAUCCAUAUGCAUUGAGUCUUAACACAGAUGGAGACUCUAAGGAGAUUUACCAAGAAUUGGUUCAGUACGUUUCCAGUGACUUUGACAGAGAAGUUGUAUUGUUCGCUAUCGAUAAGAAGAGCAAGUCCAUUAUCGGCAUGGGUGUCUACACAAUUAUGCAACAAUCCAUUGUUAGUUCAAAGAAGAGAAAGGCCGAACUCCAACUCCUUGUUGGUGAACAAGCUCAAGGAAAGGGUAUUGGUAAAUACCUCUUGGAACAAUUAAUUCACAUUGCCAAACAAGAAGGAAACAUUUCACAACUCAUUGCCUACACUCACCACUCCAACAUUGGUGUUCAAAAGUUGUGUACUCGCGCUGGAUUUGUUGAGCAAGACAAUUCAGAACUUUUUGAACAAGGUGUUCUAGUUUCAACCUUGGAUUUGUAAAAUAAUAAAACCUCACUCUCGAUAAUUCAAUGAGUGUUUC